AUGACUUAUAAGAAAGUGUGGGAAAAUGUCACUGAUUUUGACCAAACUGUGGUUGGACGUGCUAAAUAUUUAAUCACGUCCUGGCGAAAUGCACAACAGAUCCGUCAAUUAGCCAAUAUAACUCAGCCGAGUCCUCAACAAACGGUCUGGACCAAGCCAAGACAUGGAAGAUACAAGUGUAAUGUAGAUGCUUCCUUUUCGCUAGAUCGCAACAAGGUGGGACUUGGUAUGUGUUUAAGGGAUGAUCAUGGUAGAUUUGUGGCUGCGAGAACAGAGUGGAUAGAACCUAUAGUCGACGUGGAGAUUGGUGAAGCCAUAGGCUUGCUGCAUGCUCUCAAGUGGGUAGAAGAAAUGCAGUUAUAUGACACUGACUUUGAAAUGGAUUGCAAAAAGAUAGUCGACGGUCUUUACAGUAAAAGAACCUACCUCUAUGAUCUUGGUGCUAUUUUAAAUGAUUGUAGAAAUAUUCUAGCUUCUAAUCUAGUGAACUCUGAUGUUAAGUUCAUUAGGAGACAACCAAAUAAAGUUGCUCAUAGGCUUGCCGGGGCGGCUACAUCUCUAGCUAGUUUCCAUAAUUUUAUCGCUAUACCAUCUUGUAUUUACAACAUUAUUAUUAAUGAAAUGAGAUAA